UCAUCUGAGCGGUAUCUUAAACCAACACUGUGUUCAGAUGCCUGUCAAGUCAGCUGCAAUCAACAGGGAGCUACCUUAAAAGACAGAAAGAUAGUAAGACAGACAAGACAAGACAGACAAGGGAGAAGGAGGGGUUAGGUAAGACAAAAAUGUGAUAGAAAAAAAAAAUACGCGGAUCAAAUGAAAAGACAACGUAAAUACUCCUGUAGCGGGUUAUAAAAGCGCUGAGACAAGAAGGUAUCUGUGAACGAGGCAGAGAAGGAGCGCCCUAACGGAGGAAAGGAGUGACACAGGCCCCGCCGAGUGGAUGUCUCAACCAUGAACCUCAGCUUGAUGUUUCCCUUCUUUCUGCUCCUGAGUCUUAAAACUUGUACGACUAUGGGAGGCAGAGCCCAGCGCAGACAGAGACAAGCUGAGGAGAGGCUGAGGCCGUACAUUGGCAGAGUAGAACCAGAAAAGCUUUGUGAGUUGAUGAAAUGCCACAGUCCAACAGGAUCUUGGUGCCAGGUUGUCGCAGAAAACGGGAUCCUCAUCCCCAAGUGUGUUUGUCCUCAGUCCUGUCCAAGGCAGAGGGCACCAGUGUGCAGUGUUCUGGGAAAGACCUACUGGAACCAGUGUUUGCUUCAUAAAGAGGCCUGCACAAAGAAACGCCGCACCGGACUGGCUCACACAGGACCCUGUCUGGUCUCCAAGGCUGAAUGCACUGAGGAGGAGUUAGGCCAGUUUCCAUAUCGACUCCUGGACUGGUUCCUGCUCCUGAGUCGUAUGGGGGAGUCGUACGCGCCCGCCGCCCCGCCUCAGAGCUGCCUCAGCCACGCCCAGAGGACACAACUGGCACAGGAAAGAUUUGCCUUACUGGAUAAGAACAAAGACGACAAGUUGAGCCGCAGAGACCUGAGGAAGCUGCUCUAUAGGAGGAUGCCUCUAGAGCAUUGUGCCACACCAUUCUUUCAGUCGUGCGAUCGUAACAGGAACAGGAAGGUGACCCUGCAGGAGUGGACAGCCUGUCUGGUGGACCGCUCCGAGGCCUGGUUCUUCCGUUUCAUGUCAGUGAGAAUGGGCUCCUCCAAGCUUUGUCCCUCAGUCAAAGAGAGCCACCUUUGACGUCGCCGCAGUCGUUGGAUUUCAAGCUGGAGGAUCAUUUAUGACAUCAACAAAUCUGAAAGCCUGCUGGACGUCUUCUGCAAUCGUACACGCGCCCGACUGGGCCGCUUAAAUGUCUGCACAGAGUGGCUGCCAAUUACGUUAACUGUUAAUUACAAUGCUGACAUUUGUACAAUCGUCUUGUGAAAAGAAACAAUCGGCAAUAUGGAAAUGACAUGCUCUGAAUAAACAAUUAAAACCCGGGAUGAUGGACAACGUGAUGUACGGUGAAAGACAGGAAGUAAGGAUUUGAGGGAAAUAAACGCCAAGCGUGAGGCGACGUGACCGGAGAGGAGACAAAGAGAUGAUAAAGGGGGCGAAGGG